UCCGCGGUCCAGUCGCCCGCGCACGUUCUGAUCAAUUAUCUCCAGCCGGCCGUACGUCGCCCCGACCAUCCCUCAUCCCUGUCUCUCGCCACGAUGAUGGCCGUCGACGCCGCGAGACGGCGCGGCCUCCUGCUGCUGCUCGUCGCCACCGCCACCGCCUUCGUCGCCAGGCCGGCCACGGGCUCCGCGCUGGUGGGCGAAGGGUGCUCGGCGAGCUCGCCGUGCGGCAGCGGGAUGCGGUGCGCCACCUGUUCCCCGCUCCCCGGGUCGGGCCCCGCCGUGUGCUCCCGGACCACGCCCAUCGACCCCAAGAUCCACGGGACGGGGCUGCCGUUCAACAGGUACUCGUGGCUCACCACCCACAACUCCUUCGCCAUCACCGGCACCCCCUCCGCCACCGGCGCGCCCAUCGUCUCGCCGCCGAACCAGGAGGACUCCGUCACCGGCCAGCUCAACAACGGUGUGAGGGGGCUGAUGCUGGACACGUACGACUUCAAGAACGACCUCUGGCUCUGCCACUCCUUCGCCGGCAAAUGCUACGACUUCACCGCAUACCAACUUGCGUCCAAGGUGCUGAAGGAGAUCCAGGCCUUCCUGGACUCCAACCCUGCCGAAGUGAUCACCGUGUUCGUGGAGGACUACUCCGCCCCGGGCUCCCUCUCCAAGGCGCUCGCCGCCGCCGGCCUCACCAAGUACGUCUUCCCGCCGGCCAAGAUGCCCGGCAACGGCGCCGACUGGCCCACGCUCAAGGACAUGGUCGCCCAGGGCCACCGCCUCCUCGUCUUCACCUCCAAGCAGGGCAGGGAGGGCUCCGAUGGCGUCGCCCACGUGUGGAAUUACGUCGUCGAGACAAAAUACGGGAGCGAUGGUCUGGCGAUGGGCUCUUGCGCGAGCAGGGCUGAGUCGAGGGCCAUGGACUCCAAGGCGCAGUCGCUGGUGCUUGUGAACUUCUUCACCACGAACCCGAGCCAGAGCUGGGCCUGCGUCAACAACUCCUCCCCGCUCAUCGCCCAGCUCAGGACCUGCUACGACGCAUCCGCCAAGCGAUGGCCCAACUUCAUCGCCGUCGACUUCUACAUGAGGAGCAGCGGCGGCGGCGCUCCCCUGGCGACCGACGUGGCGAACGGCCGUCUCCAGUGCGGCUGCGAUACCAUAGCUUACUGCAAGGAAAACGCGCAAUUCGGGACAUGCACAAUGCCUUCUUCGUUGCUAUCAUCGGCAUCGGCAUCGUUAUCCCCGAAUCCCUCUGGAUCGCGGUCGUCCUCUCCGGCUCCAGCUCCGACUAUGUCACCAUCUUCAGUAUCGUCCCAGUCAUCAUCUCCAGCUCCGCUUUCAUCAUCAUCUUGGUCAUGAUCACCAUCACCAGCUUGGUCUAGAUCAUAUUGAAAACUUUCUCUAGCUACAUCUUCCUCCCUGUCACUGUUCUUGGCUCCGUUUUCGUGGUCCUAUGGAACUUCGACUCCAUCAUUGUGGUCCUAUGGGGCUUAUGGAUUGCUUCAUCAUAUAAGGCUGUCCGUCUAUUCCAAUACUACCAAUAUGAUAUUUCUAACGGCAAUGUAUGAAAGAAAAAACAUACUAUAUGAUUUGAAAAUAGAAGUUGGGCAGAAGAAAAUUGGAAGGACUCAACUUUGAACGCAGCGAUUCCACCUACGGUUGGGCUUCGUGGGCUUACCCUGGUCACCGAACGGCGUUGGAGAUUCGUGCUUCUGCUCUUUCGCAAAAAGAACAUGUACAUUAUGCAUUUCCUUCUCACCUAGGUAACGAAUGUGCACAUAUGCUACUUCUUUGUAACCAAAAUUAUUUUGCACCUUCCAUGAGGCCUUUUUGUUUAAA